UGAACACUGAAGAGGCAGACCAAUAUGUAGUUCGUGUUUUUCUUUAUCUUUCGACCGGUGACAUUUUCGAAGAACCAUUGAAUUUUCUGUAAAUGCUCGACCUUAUGUCUAAGAUCAACAUUUCCAAUUUAUACUUGAUCCUCGGUUUCUACACGAAGAGUAUCCAUUGUCCAGAAGGAUAUAUUUCAUCAGGAAGUGCUAGCUAACAUUUUGUGAUUAAUAUCAAGAGAGGAUUACUCACAUACCGUAGGAAACUAAUCUCCCUCGACAUGUUUGAUCCCAAGUCCCCGGAUCGUAGUGACUGGGAUUCCAAAAGUACUCUAAUACUCCAAGAUAGUCCACCUCCUGUUCCACCAAGAAAGAAAAUUGAUCCGAAGUCCCCGGAUCGUAGUGACUGGGAUUACAAGGGUACUCUAAUAUUCCCAGAUAUUCCACCUCUAGUUCCACCAAAAAAGAAAAUAACCAAUCAAGUAACGAUUCGAGACGUUCUGUAUGAAGAGGAUGUAUUAAAGUGCAGUCGGGCAGGCCAAACCAAUGCACAAAGAGUUUCGAUCGAUCUUAUUACAUUUGAGGACGAGCUAGAAGCUGGAGAAUCGACACCAAUCAGUUCCAAAUGUUCCGAAAACUCGAGGAAAUUGGAUAGUAGAAAUCCGGAACUUUUUCAGUCGAUAAAUGUCGCCAAGUCAGAAAAGAAACAAAUCCAAGAUACAUCGAGCCGUGAAUCAUUCAUGAUAAAUCUUGAUAUGUUUUUCAAAGAUGAUUUGUUCAAAUCCCCUUUUAAUGCCGUCGAUUCAGAGAGUAAAAAUGUUCAGCAACCCUCUGAAUUUUUCACCUUUUCACCUAAGGAAGGAACCUUGCAACAUGUGAGUGACGAUGCUGCCAUGAAUCCAUUUACUUCAGUGACAGAUGGUUUGAUCUGGAAUCCAUUUAAUCCAGCUACUUCUGAGGACGAGAGUGGCUAUUUGGUACCCAAAUCAUCACAACAGUAUGAAAGAGCUGCUUUUAAUUCCGGAAACAACACACAAUCAAGAGUGUCUGAACCGAGGAAAUGGUCAUCGAGUAAUCCUUUUCAAAAGGAGAAUUUUGCGUUUGAAUUACAAUUUCCUGACGACAACAAAAUUGAAACACUCAACCCAAAAGCGUUCGAAAGCUGUCUACUGNAACAAUUUGGUCCAUGGGAAUAUGAUGACGUCAUUUCAUACAAAGGAAAUUCUGGGCGACACGUGAGAGAUGAAUUGGUCUUGAAUCCAUUUGUUCCAGCUACUUCUGAAAACGAACAGACGAAAGAGACAAAUGCAUGUCAAUAUUCCAUCGGUGGUGUUUUCGAUUAUUCAAGAAUGCGUGAACAUCAAUAA